AUGGCCCGUCAUACCUCCGACGUCUUCGUCCAUGACGACGACGACGUCCCGAGCCUCCCGCCUAACCAAGAACCCGUCUUGCUGCAUACAACCGGCGAUGACGGUGGCCGGCCCACCGAAGUGGGGACGCUCCAGCGCGACCACGGCCUCAAGGAGUUUGGCGAGUGGGAUCGCAACGGCAUCUUGUGUCGGCAGUGGCGGUCGUCGCUCCUCGGUGCGCUCUGCGUCGACGUCGUGCCCAACGGCAUCGUGUCGAUUCUGCUUCCGUGCGUACCGCUCGGCCAAGUCUCGCACCGCCUGGGCCUGCGCCCGUUUAGCACUAUGGCUGCGCUCACCGGCGUCUUGUACGUGACGGCCAUCGCUUGCAGCGGCAUUAACGACCUCUACGCACACAGCGCCGGUGCCGUGGCCUCGCUGCUGCUCGUGGUUCUCGUGACGUCGCUUCGGACCACGGUGCGCCAUCUCUUCUUCAUCCCCGGCUCGUGCUUGGGCGACGUCUGCGCUGUCUUGUGGUGCGGCUGCUGCACUGUCGCGCAGCUUGCCGCGCACGUCCAAGCGUACGAGCCGCACACGUGCUCGCUUCGGCCCCACGGCGUCCUCGCUGGCUACAAGGAGUAG